AUGUCAAAUUCAAUAAAGACUGAAACGGAUGGAAAACCUUCUAAUUCCAAUAUGAACCAACAGCAACAGCAGCAGAAUAAUCAACGAAUACCUAUGCAGAACCAGCAACCAAACCAUUUGCAACAUCUAACCCCUCAAGGACCUUUGCACCGACCCGUCCCUCCACCGCAGCCUCAACCAAUGCAAUUCCAACACGGAGGAUACUAUCCCGUCCCUAAUAUGGCCUUCCCUCAAGGAUUACCACCUCCAAACGCAGUCCAUUAUUAUGAAUCGGGCCCACCUCCUGGCUUUUAUCCAAGUCAGACUCCCCCCAACAGCGGAGUUCUUCCUCCGCGCACGGGUCCAAUUUCUGCAACUGCUCCAGCAAACCAUAUUACCACCCAACAUACACCCACUCAACUCCCACCAACAUCAUUGAACACAAACGGACAAGUACUGUCAAUGCACCGUCCUCAACAAUUCGCACAUUCACAUUUUAUUUCUCCCCCACAGUCUUCGCAACAACAACAACCGGUGCCCCCACCACCACCUACUAUACAGGUAUCAAACUCCCAACUGCUGAGUCAUGCUUACACUCCAUCAAAUGCAUCUGAAAGUAGCCGGAAACGUUCACAUCUGGGCCCACCACCUUCAAGAGCCACCACGACAUAUCCCCGAAAACGUGCAUUGACGGCAUGUGAUAUGUGUCGAUUAAAAAAGAUCAAGUGUGAUAAUGUCCGUCCUCGAUGUGGAUCAUGUGUCAAAAAUGGGAAUUCGAAUUGUCAUUAUCGGACUGAUGAUCAACAAAAGGAUUAUUCUAGUUAUGAUCCAGCAUCAUUGAAUAUAUUAACGAAAUUGGAUGUAAUAUUGAAAGAUAUCAAGAGUAUUAAAGCACAUGCUGGAUUGGAUAAUGAACCAAAACCGAGGUUUCAAUUUGAUAAAUGUAUUUGGGAUAUGUCUGUUACUUCAAUCUUUAAAUGGAGAUCAUUCUUAAAAGAGUUGGACGAUUCACCUAAGGAUAUUGAAAGAAUUCAACAUAAAUUACUCGAUGAUUAUGAUAAACAUAAAUAUCCCGCUGGAUGGAAUGAGAGUUUACAUGAUAGAUUUGUGAAUAUAAAUAGUUUGGAAAGGUUUUUAUCUAAUUGUUUUUCAGAUGUGAUUAAUUCAUUCUUUGUGAAUUGUUAUUCCAAAAUACCCGUUAUUGAUACAUUUGAAUUCUUUGAUAUACUUGAACGAUAUCAAUAUUUUCAAUCAAAACUUCCAAAUUGUUCAUUUCUUAAAUUAUUGGAAAUUGUAAAGGAUGAAACUCAAGCUACUUUACCUCCGGAAAUUGUCAAAAUUUAUGAAGAAAACAAGAUCCAAAUCGAUUAUAAUAGUAUACGACAGUUCUACAGAAUGAUCCGGGCGAUUCCAUUGAUAUUAGUAGUAUGUGCCAUUGGAGUUAUAAGUACACCGGUCGAAUUAGAAAAUUUGUCAAAUUAUGCAAACUCGAAGGAAGAAGCCAACUCAUUGAAGAUUGGAUGUAUUGACUCAAGCACUGCAUUUGAAGGUGUCCCAAAAUCAUUUCCUCGAGAAAGAGUUCAAAUAGCAUCGAAGUUAGUCAGCUAUACUGAAUUGUUAACUAUUGCAUUCCCAUUUCUUCUACAACCAAAUACCUUACUCACGGUACAAUACUAUCUUCUAUUAAGUCAAUAUCUGCUCUAUAUCAUGUCGCCCCUAUUGGCAUAUCGACAAAUCACUACCGCUAGUCAGCAUAUGAUGUAUUUCCUUAAGAAAACCAACGAUGAAGAACUUAGUCAAACCAAACGUGAAAGUAUUGAUCGGUUAUUCUGGAGUUGUUUAAAAUUAGAAUGUGAACUCAGUGUUGAAUUGUCACCAUUUGUACCUCUUUCAGGUAUAACGCAAACCGAGCAACCUUCUUCAUUCCCCAAGAUUCCUGAUCCAUUAUCGGAAGAAUUGAGGACUCAGUAUAAGGAUAUUGUCGUAAGAUUGGCUCAGAAAUAUGAUGAUGAAUAUACAUGGUAUUAUUUCUUAACUGAAAUUGCUGUCCGAAAAGUCGAUAAUAAAAUGUUUGAUGAAAUAUAUUCCCUUGAGAAUAGUUUGAAACAUGUAUGGGAUCUGGAUGAAUUUUCACAAGAAUCAGCCUGGAUGUUAUUCAUAAAAUAUUUAAAUCAAUAUAAUGGGAUCAUAAAUUCCCUUUCCCCCGAGAUUAGAAAUUUUAUCCUCCAGGAAACAGAAGUAGAACAAAUCUUUAAAAGCAUGAAAAAGAAAUUCGAAAAAAGGACACUGGCAAGUACAGUCAUGAGUGAAAGUGAAGACUUUUCUUCACUUGAUGAUUUCAUAAUCGAUGAUGAUAUUCUCCUAAGAACACAAUCUGAAUGUAUCAUGUUCAUCAAAACCCGAGUAUUGACUUCAAAGCUCCUCUUGUUCCGACCAUUAGUUUAUCUAUUCCUAGAAGAUCGAAUCCCAUUAACUGAAUUAAUCGAUGCCGCUAUUUCUGUCAUACCACAAACACAAUCCAAUUUCCAAGUUGGCAGUUUUAGUUCCUUCGAUACCCCCGGUGCUUCAUCCACAUCUGCAUUGUCUGAUAAUCUAGGCGAGGUGGAUUUCGAAAUUGGGUUUUUCAAUCUAAUCCAAGCUCCACAGUUUUAUCAAAAACAAUACCCCGAUGAGGAUUUUUCCGACGAGAUAGAAUAUAUAACCAAAGAAAAACCCAGUGAAGAUAAUACACCCCUCGGACCCGGGACCGCUCCUAGUCCUGGUGACGAAGAAGAUCAAACUGAACCUACAUUUAGGAUCAAGAAUAUGACGCUGGCAAAAGCUCGAAUCUUACGAAUUUUUGUUCAGAAUUUAAUCUCAUUACCAAAAUUAAAUCUCCCGCGAUUGGGUGCACAUCGACAUCCAGGACUGUGGUAUUAUUUACGGAAUUUAUUCAUUGCUAAUAUUUUUCAAUUCUUGAUAUAUAAGAAAUUACAAGAAAUGUUGGCAAAAGCGGAAAAUGACCCUCAGAUUAAGUUGUAUUUAUCCAAACGACAACAACAAGAAACUUCUGCGAAAGAUUUAUCACCAGGGAGUGCAAAUAGUAGUGGUAAUAGUAGUAAUAGUAAUUUGUCUCCUCAGGAUAUAUUUGGAAUGUUGAAUGGGAUUGUGAGUAAGGAGAGUUUGGUAGCUGGGUUUGAACAUUCGGUUAUAUUAUUUGGAUAUUGGAAGGAUGAAAUACCUGAUUGUGAAAUCUAUCAGAAUUAUAUUAAGAGAGUAUUGAAACUAUUGUAA